AUGAAAAAUAUUGUUGAACAAAUUCUUCUUAAUCCAAAAGAAUAUCAUGUAGAAAUAUUACAAUUAAGUGCAACAACAUGUUUAUGUAAAUUUAUGGUAUUAUCACUUGAAUUAUACGAAACACAUGCAAAAAUGUUAUUUGAUUUAUUAAAAAAUUCAACAUUCGAAACAUUUGCUGCUUAUUCAGAUGAUGUUUAUGGUUGUUUACGUGAUCGAUCAGAUAAUGUACGUUUAGCAGCAUUAAAAACAAUUUCAAAUUUAAUUCUCAAAGAAAUGGUUAAACCAAACGGUCAAAUAAGUGAAAUAGCAUUUUGUAUUAUUGAUAAACAUACUGAAAUAGCUACAUUAGCUACAUCAUUUUUUAGUGAAUUAGCUAAACGACAACAUGGUGAAGCAUUAUUUAAUAUUUUACCAGAUAUAUUUUCAAAUUUAGUUGACGGUAAAUUAGAUGAGCAACGUCAAUUAAAUGAAGAAGAUUUUAAAUCUGUUAUCGACUUUUUAUUUAAAUAUGUUAGUAAAAAAAAACAAACAGAAAGUCUAGUAGAAAAAUUAUUGGAAAUAUUUCGUACAGCUGAUGGUAAUCCUUGUGUAUGGCGUGAUCUUGCUUAUAUCAUGUCAAAAUUAACAUUUAAUGAACAAUCAUUAAAAGGUCUACUUCAUUAUUAUAAUGAUUAUAGAGAGAACUUAUUUGAUAAUGAUGUUUAUCAAUCAUUUUUAACGAUUCUUAAUAAUGCAAAAAAGAAUUUAGGAGCUAAACCUGAUUUAAAAGUUCUAAUUGAUGCAUUAUCGACUAAUAUCAAUAAAGAAAGAUCACCAAAUGGAAUUUUAAUUGCUGUACAACAAGUACAACAAAAAACAAAACAACAACCAAAAGGUAAAAAAAUCAAAACUAAAAAAGAACUAACGAUGAAAGUCCUUCAAUUUGUGGGGCAGACCUUUUUGGUAUCCGUUCCGAUCACAGUCUAGAAAAAACUAUUCCAGAGUUUAUUCAUAUCACAUCAAAAAAAAUUUCUUUAGUCCUUAUUUUUUGAUUUAGUCGAUGACUGGCACUUUUUCAGUCAUCUCUUUUGAAUUAUGUUCUGAUUGAUGAUUUAUAAGAUACUUUGCUUAAAACUAGAGAAUAUUGAACUAUAAUCUUUAGUUGCGGUUGGAACAACUUUUUUCUCGUAGUCUCAGUCGCGUCCGGUCUCAGCAACUUCUCAUUCUGGUGGUCCAGGUCUAGGCCCAUACUCACAUCCACACCCUUUUUCUUAUGAUCUCAGUGACCGAAACUGCAGCUACAGUUGGUCUCGCACAUCUCUAAUUGAGAUUAUGUGCAUUAUGUGGAUUUAAAUGAGCUAUGAAUACUCUGAAAGGAGAUCGUGCCCUUAGCUUAUUGCUGUGAAGAUUCUGCACUUUUUAAAUAAAUGCUGUGAUCCUCAAGAAAAAAAAUUCAUUUUCAAAUUUCGAUUUGUAAUUUUGUAUAGAAACAGGUCUUAACUAGAAUAGAUUAUUGUGAAAGUUACAGAUCUUGUCACUGUUACUAUUCUAAGAUAGAACUAUGAUAAUAGUAUGUCUUUUACGUCACUCGUAUAAAUGAGCAGAUUUAAUGUUCUUAUUUUAGUAUAGAAGUCAAUCAAAAGGCCUAAAACUUUCACAAUAAACUUCUCUUGUUUAAGUCUGUCUCUAUGCGAAAUUUCAAGUCGAAAUUUAAAAACGAGUUUUUCUGAGAGGGACUAUGAGAUUGAUUUAGGAAGUGUAGUAGCUCCGCAGCAAUAAGCUACAGGCACAAACUUUUUUCAAGAUAUACAUAGCUCAUUUGGUUCUAUAUAAUCUUAACUUAAAAGCAAUUUAUCAGUCAGAGUACUUUUCUCGUAAAAUUCUUUUU